CUUUCCUCUCUCCUCCCUCACGAUACUACUCUCCCUCUCCUCUCGGCGCCUCAAUCCUUCCUCGGGGCUCUGGAUCGACCGACGAACACAACCCCUCCCCCUCCUGGUUAUAAUUAACUGCACCCCACUUCGGCGGCGAUAAUUUUACUUUCUGGAGUUACGUCGCAUCCCGGCUUACAAUUCACUAAAUUCCCUCCCCCUUCACACCCUAUUUUUUUUUUUCUCUCUCGUCCCUCCCCGGCUCUUCCUCCCCCAUCCGACUUAGUAUUCUAUCCUUGACAUCGCAAUCAUGUCUGACGGCUCCGUUCUACCCCCCAAGCCGUCUGUGGUGCUUGAAGCCCACGAAGUCGACACUUUCCAUGUCCCCAAGGCAUUCUACGACAAGCACCCCACGGGUACCCACUUGAAAGACCUGGACGAGUACAAGAAGCUAUAUGAAGAGUCAAUCCGCAAACCCGACGUCUUCUGGGCCCGCAUGGCCCGCGAGCUUCUUACCUUCGAGAGGGACUUCCAGACGACUCACAUCGGCUCCCUAGAGAACGGGGACAGCGCCUGGUUCCCCGAGGGUCGCCUGAACGCCUCCUUCAACUGUGUCGACCGUCAUGCCAUCAAAGACCCCAACAAGGUCGCCAUCAUCUACGAAGCUGACGAGCCGAACGAGAGCCGCACGAUCACCUAUGGCGAACUGCUGCGCGAGGUGUCCCGCGUCGCUUGGGUCCUGAAGCAGCACGGCGUCAAGAAGGGCGACACCGUGGCGCUCUACCUUCCCAUGAUUCCCGAGGCUCUCGUUGCCUUCCUGGCGUGCUCCCGCAUUGGUGCCAUCCACUCCGUCGUUUUCGCCGGUUUCUCCUCCGAUUCUCUCCGGGACCGUGUCUUGGACGCCGGGUCCAAGGUCGUGAUCACGACGGACGAGGGCAAGCGUGGCGGUAAGGUCAUCGGCACCAAGCGCAUCGUCGACGAGGCUCUCAAGCAGUGCCCCGAUGUCUCCAGCGUUCUCGUCUACAAGCGCACGGGGGCCGAGGUCCCCUGGACCAAGGGCCGUGAUAUCUGGUGGCACGAGGAGGUGGAGAAAUACCCCAACUACAUCGCUCCCGAGCCGAUGGCUUCCGAAGACCCUCUGUUCUUGCUCUACACCUCCGGUUCCACCGGUAAGCCCAAGGGUGUCAUGCACAGCACCGCCGGAUACCUGCUCGGCGCUGCCAUGACCGGUAAAUACGUCUUUGACAUCCAUGACGAUGACCGCUUCUUCUGCGGUGGAGACGUUGGCUGGAUCACCGGUCACACCUACGUGGUGUACGCCCCCUUGUUGCUGGGAUGCGCCACGGUCGUCUUUGAGAGUACUCCCGCCUACCCCAACUUCUCUCGUUACUGGGACGUGAUUGAGAAGCACAAGGUCACUCAAUUCUACGUGGCGCCCACUGCCCUGCGUCUGCUCAAGAGAGCCGGCGAUGAGCACAUUCACCAUCAGAUGGCCCAUCUGCGAAUUCUGGGCUCGGUCGGUGAACCCAUUGCUGCCGAGGUCUGGAAGUGGUACUUCGAGAAAGUCGGCAAGGAAGAGGCGCACAUUUGCGACACCUACUGGCAAACCGAAACUGGUUCGCACGUCAUCACCCCGCUGGGUGGCAUUACGCCGACCAAGCCGGGAAGUGCUUCGAUGCCUUUCUUUGGAAUCGAGCCCGCCAUCAUCGACCCGGUUUCCGGAGAGGAGAUCUCGGGCAACGACGUGGAGGGUGUCCUGGCCUUCAAGCAGCCCUGGCCUAGUAUGGCGCGCACCGUGUGGGGCGCCCACAAGCGCUACAUGGACACCUACCUGAACGUCUACAAGGGAUACUACUUCACCGGUGAUGGUGCUGGCCGUGACCACGACGGAUACUACUGGAUCCGUGGCCGUGUGGAUGACGUUGUCAACGUCUCUGGUCACCGUCUCUCGACGGCCGAAAUCGAGGCUGCCUUGCUUGAGCACCACCAGGUCGCCGAAGCCGCCGUCGUCGGUAUUGCCGAUGAACUUACCGGCCAGGCCGUCAAUGCGUUUGUGGCCCUGAAAGAGGGCAACGAAACGAGCGACCAAGUCCGCAAGGAUCUCGUGAUGCAGGUCCGCAAGUCGAUCGGACCCUUCGCCGCCCCCAAGGCGGUUUUCGUCGUCGAUGACCUCCCCAAGACUCGAAGUGGCAAGAUUAUGCGUCGUAUUUUGCGCAAGAUCUUGAGUGGUGAGGAGGACAGCUUGGGUGACACUUCCACGCUGUCGGACCCCUCCGUCGUGGACAAGAUCAUCGAUGCGGUUCACAUCGCUCGGGGCAAAUAAAGAGAGGAAGUCAAGAAUGAAGUAAAUGACUAAUGAAGAAACCAAACAAAUUUAUAAGAAAAAAAUGAGAAAAAAAGGAAAUAUAUAAAUUUGGGCCGUCGUCGCCGAGAGCGAGGCACUUUGAGAAUGUCCACUCCCACUGGGCUGAUAUCAUGCCUGAUGGCGAGUUAUUGAUGCGCAUUCUUCCAUCUUGAUUGUUUAUGUGAUUCCCGCCUUCUGUCAUGUUGACAAGCGAUCCGAUUCCCGUUGAUGUUUCUGUGUGUAAUUCAUACCAUACAAUUUAUUCCCUAUGAUUGUUCCAAUGGCUUU